ACCUCCACCGGGCACACCGGUGGCUGCACAGCUCUCUCUGUUAGGACUAUCACCGAAAACAUAUCACAAACACACGUCCACAUGCUCGUCCGCGCUUUCUUUCUCUGGACAAAAACCGUGGAAGAAACACGUUGUUUUUUUUGAGUCAGUGAGGUAUAUGAAUUGGAAAUACCCUGGUGUGAUUGUCUCGUCUUUUUUCUGGCUGGACAACAAGACGCGUGCGUUGAUACCGCUCACAUUGGGGACAAUUGUUGCAUUUUAAGUCUUCAUUCAACAAACAUUUGAGCUAUGGAGUUGAGUUCAGUGAUCCUAACCACCGGGGUCUCGGUCGGGUUUUUUAGGGUGGUCAAUGCUGGUGUCGGUAAACUGCCCAUGCCUGAGUCUGCCUGCAGGAAUGCAUGGAAAUGGAGAAACAUCUCUACAUCCUUCGUGCACAGCUUUAUCACUGCGAUAUGGGCAGUGCUAUGCUUUUUCCGCCACCCACAGAUGGCCGAAGAUUUGAUAGAAACUCACUCUGUGUUUUCUCACGCCUUGGUGUCGUUAUCGAUCGGCUACUUCAUCUGUGACUUCCUUGACAUGGUGUUGAACCAGAAGCUGAAUCAGUCCUGGGAGAUUCUCUUUCACCACAUUGUGGUAGGUCUUUCAACCAUUACUGUCACAGAUCAAAACUAG